GCGCCUUUGGGUGAUAGAUAAGUAUUAGACCCCCCUGAAAUAGUGAUCACAUUCAAUACCGAACCCACAUUGUCGCCGCAUCAGGUGAAGAGGGCUAUCCAAGAUGCAAAUCCUAAUUUCCACUUUUUUCCUGGUAUUUUGUCUCCACUUGGGCUAUGGUGCAGACUGGUGCUACCAAACCCAGGUGACAUGUGAGACACAUUGCAAAGGACCAGAGAAUUGGUCAGAGGCAAGUACUGACUGUGGAGGCAAUCAACAGUCUCCCAUCAACAUCGUCACCAGGAAGACGCUUCCAGAUGAACGCCUCACCCCCUUCAAGUUCACAGGCUACGAGCAUGGCUUCAGAGCCCAGCUGACAAACAAUGGCCAUUCGGUUAAGGUGAAUGUUAAACCCGAUGCCAGUGUGAGUGGAGGAAACUUGGACGGGGGGUACAAGGCGGUUCAGUUCCAUCUGCACUGGGGUACAGAUGGGGGACCCGGCUCAGAACACACCAUCGAUGGAGAGCAGUACCCAAUGGAGUUGCACAUUGUGCACAUGAAGGACAAGUACACAUCUCUGGGAGAUGCGCUCAAGGACCCCAAUGGAGUCGCAGUUCUUGGAUUCUUUUAUGAGCAAGCCACAGCAACCAAUAGAAAUUAUCAGCCCAUCGUUGAAGCUUUGAAGAGCCUCACAAACAAAGACUCCACAAAUGACCUGCUGCAUCCCAUCUCCCUCCACCAGCUCAUCCUGAAUGAGGCCAACAUGACUAACUACUACCGCUACAAGGGCUCUCUCACCACACCGGGCUGCACGGAGUCAGUGGUCUGGACCGUGUUCGAGACCCCUAUCCCCCUUAGCGAGGCACAGCUCGCUGCAUUCUCCAGCCUGCAGUUUGGCGACGGUAAGAGAAUGGUGGGCACAUUCCGUCCCGUGCAGCCCCUGAACGGGAGGAUGGUGUACCGGUCGGGCUGUGCGGCGGUCAUCUCCAGUGUCAGCGUCCUCCUGGCCUCCAUGCUGGUCGCCCUGCACCUGUCGCACCCCAACUAAAAAUCAGGGGGGUGUGAGGUGCGGUGCAGUCGGUUGGUUGGUCGACUGUUGGACUGUACCAUACAUACGUCCAUUAUCCAAGCAUGAACACAAUGAGUUCUUACUGAGUAUUUCCUGACCAAGUAAAUGCCAAUGAAAAAAGAAUCCACACACAGUCAAAUGAAACAGGACAAGAGAAGCAAUCACAUAUACUGUAAAACGCUACCCCCACACUCCACACUUCUCCCCACAUCUACCCACUUGGAAAUCAGCGCAGCUUUGUUAGAGACGUGUCUAUGAAGCCUGUAGACGUGUGCAGAUUACCAUCAUCAGGCUGUAGAUGAAUUCAAAUGGUUGUUACGUAACCCAUGUCAAACCCCCAUCACCUCUACCUGCCCCCCUUGCCCAACACUUCUCAGGUGGGCAUGUACUGUAGCAGCAAUAGCCGUGGCACAUGUCUGACUGGUGGCCACUGCAUGGCUUGAAUGGGAAGCACGUGAAAAGCUCAUGGCUAUCUAUAGGAGCGCUCUUUAUAACACUCGAUUGUGCCGCUUGUCAGGCGCUCCAAGAAGGGGGGGGGGAGUGAUGAGAAUGCACAACCUCGCUUAUACACUGCCAAGUAUGCACGGACACACAACCCAGUAGCAGGCACAAAUCAAACCCACACACAGCCACACACACACACAGAGACAUACUGUAUGUAUAUAGACUGACAUAUAGAAAGACAUUACAACAAACAUGCACACCAAAACAGAAUAGAGCGCACAAUCACACACACAUACACAUACACACGCACACACACACACACACACACACACACACACACACACACACACACACACACACACACACACACACACACACACACACACACACACACACACACACACACACACACACACACUAAACGUAGCAGUCAUAUAGCCAUUUGCUGACCCCAAACAAGCACGUCAGGACAGUUGACCUCUCCACAGUAAUUCUGGAACACACAAAGGGCACAGGGCUGACAUAUGAGGAACAUUCUGGCGUGGACGUUCUGAGUGUCAGAGCUGCCUCCUGUGUCACUCUGGCCUCAGGAGGUGACAACGCAAUCCGAGUUGAAAGGGUGGUGGGGAUGUAAACACAUCUAAACCCCACACACCACACUCUGCUGAAAAUAGACGUGGGGAUUCACACAAAUGACAGGCAUUAACGCUUUAAUGUUACGAAAGCAUUCCUGAACGGGCAAGGUUCCUACUGAACAUGCUGAUCGAGAGGUGGGGGGUGGAGGAGCCAUCAGCACGGAGGGGGUGGUGAAACGACAGAGCUUCGUAGCUAGAUGAGGAAACUAGUACGAGAAGGCCAGUCAAUGAUAAGUGCUUUUUAUUGGUUUAAAAUUGAAAAAUUGACUCCAUGAAUCAUCAAAACAUUCGAAUAAGACGUUUAGUUAACCUUUCAAGUAAGAAGCAAAAUUGACGGACUGAAGAACGACAUAUCAGUAGUUACGUAUAUUACCAAGAUGUCCUCAACAUGCGUAAGCUAGUCGUUACUAGCUUAAAUUGUUAGUUUUAGUUCAUGUGAAAAAAUAUUGUGAAUUCAUCCCCCGACUACCAUACGCAGUAGCACAACAUGUAUCAUUAAUAGAUCAAACAAUAUACGCAACAUGGAAAUUUUAUUGGAAGUUUUAGUCACCUACCGACACCCAUCAGACAAGAUUGGCUAAAAAUCUACGCCCUUUUUAAUUGUAAUUGAUGUAACAAUGGCACUGGCCGUCAAGCACUUGUUGCCACCCCACUGCUCAGUUGAGUGAACCACGAUUGAUGCCCAUAAACAUACGUACCGUAUGUAGCUAAGCUGAGUCAUACAAACCACCAUGGUAUCAGUAAGACACUGUAAUGCAUAAAGAGUCUUGCAUGUUUUGCUUGGUGUUCUGUCACAUUAUGGGGGGAUCUGUAACGAUUCACAACUGACAAUUACCGUGUUUACCAUGUACAUGAAAAUACCACCAACAGUUUCCUUUUUUUUGCUCAUCUGGUCCAAUACAGAUACACUACAUUUCCAUAUUAUAGAGAACGCAUGAUUUGUGUUUAUGUACUGUAAAACAUUGCAAGCUAGUUAAAUGUAAAAAGGUAAGUUGCCCUGCUGGCUUAAGUUUGUCAGUUAACUCAGCUCAAGGCUUAACUCAACUCUAGACUUUCUCAAGUUGAGUUAAUUGACAAACUUGAGGCAGCAGAGCAACUUACUUUUUUAGGUUUAACUAGCUGCAAUGCUUUACAGUGUGGCUUGCAUUAACAGGGUCUUGGAUGCACUGAAUUCUAUUUACUGUGAGUCUAUACCGAUCGAAGCUAAUAACCUUGUCAGUAUAGAGGGCUUCAGCUGUAUUCAGAUGUUGACAUGGUAUACUGUAUGUAGAUAUUAUUCUUCUGCCGGAAAAGGACGAGAUCGGUGUGCGGACCAAACAAGGAUUAAGUACUGUAUGUACGUAUGUUAUCCAUUGUUAACGCACCUCGUUAUUAUAUUAUAUUUUUUAUAUUGUCUCAUUUGCACACCUUUUACUUACAUAUUUAUGUAUAUGUCUGUAUUAAGAUAUGAAGGACACUGGUUUUUUUUUUUGUUAUUUGUAUUGUUGUGUGUACUCUUUGAAUGAAGUUGAACGUAUUGUUUUUUGUUUGUCAUGGAAAUUGGAGUCAGAAAAAAAAUCAUGUUAAAUGUUUACCAGCAGAAAAUGAUUUAUUUAAGAAAAAAAUGUUAUCCGAAAGUAAGACUUGCCAUGUGACAGACUGUACAGUGUGUAAAAUCUCUGUUCAAUUUGACUUAUUUGUUCAUGACAUAGGGGAAUGCGUUCCAAUACAAUAAUAAACUACUGAAUUGCCUUUUUAAUGACA